UCCUGUCUGGCGCGGGCGGAACUUCUGCAGACCCUGGUACCAGGAGCAGAGGAGCAUCUGUCCCGAGUCAUGAACUCCUCUCUGUCCGAGCUGCUGAGGGACGCACAGGGGAGACAGGAUGGACCGGGAUCAGGAUCGGGACCGGGACCGCAGAGACCCCGCCCGAGGCACGGUGACCCCGGGACAGAGGGGGGGAGCGCUCGGUGCCGCAGACACGACAGCCCGCUGGAUAUCUACUGCUGCACCGACCAGGAGAUCAUCUGUGAGCGGUGCGCUUCACACGAGCACCGGGGACACCGGAUCGGCUGCGUGCAAGAGGAGCGGAGGAGGAAACAGGAGGAGCUGAAGAAGAUCCAGACCAAGUCCAAACAGAUUCUGCUCAAACGAAAGAGGAAAUUUAGAAACCUGAAGAAGAUCCUGGAACAGAUUCCGGACGAGGCGAUAAAAACGGCAGACUACUGUGAAGCCGUGCUGGUCAGUGUCAUCGACUCGCUGCAGAGACAUUACUUCUCAGUGAGGGAGCUGAUUGGAGCCCAGGGGGAGGCGGCGGCGGCUCGGGUGCACGGCUCCAUGCAGACCCUGGAGGCCGAGAUGGAGGAGAUGGGAAAGCGGGAUGAAGAGCUGGAACGUCUUGCGCGGACAGAGAGAGAUGUCUGUUUCCUGCAGAAAUGGCCGUCACUGCAGCCUGUCAUUGAAGAUGAGCACCUCCAGCCUUUGGAGGAGGCCUCAGAGGACCCGCUCCUCCCCUUCCAGUUCACAAGAACAGCUGUCGAGCGGAUCGGGAGGCAGAUGGAGGAAUUAUGGAACAAUGAGUUUUCCUUGAUUUCUGAAAAUGGUGACAGAGGAGAGCAACAGGAGUCAGCAGAGGAGACAGAGGAGACUGACAUGGAGCAAGAACAUGAAGCCAGUGUCUCCCAGUUCCACAAUUCCUCAGGAGGUCACAGCUCUCUGACAGAACCGGCCAAGGAGCCGACCACCAGAGCAGAGUUUCUCCACUACGCGUGUGACCUCACCCUGGACCCCAACACAGCUCAUGAGGACCUGGAUGUGUCUGUCGGAGGCAAAGAGGUGAAGCGGAAGACUCAGAUAUUAGCAAGCUCUGUUCCACCGCUCCGUCACCCGGAGAGGUUCACCCACCGGCGGCAGGUGCUGUGCAGAGAGGGACUGCAGGCCGAGCGCUGCUACUAUGAAAUCGAGGUGGAAGGCGACAAGCUGGAGAUCGCCCUCGUCUACAAAGGCAUAGAAAGAAAAUCCAGCACCAAGCUGUCGGCCUUUGGGUGCACUGCGGCCUCCUGGAGCCUCGAUCUAUCUGCGUACUACUCAGUGAGUCACAAUAGCGACAGCGUUCAGCUCACACGUCGCCCCGGUCACCGCAGGCUCGGGGUUUAUCUAAAGUUCAAGGAGGGGACUCUGUCCUUCUACGAGGUGUCGGAGAGUAUGAUCUUUCUUUACAAGGUGGAGGCCAAGUUCACCGAGCCGCUGUAUCCAGGCUUCUGGCUCGGAAAGAACUGUUCCAUCAGGAUCUGUGAUUUGACACAGGAUAUAUGAUGAAGGAUUUAGAGGUUUAUAAACACCCGGUGCCAGUUUCCAGGAGGUUCAUAUCUCAGUUUCCUUGUGUAAAACUAGUGUGACUUAUUUAUUUUUUGAUUUAUUCCUUUUGAUACAACUAUGUGCUUUUCAUCACAUUUUUUAUAAGGUGUCUGUUGCUAGUAGAUAAAUAUAUCGCUGUGCACUUCACUCAUGCCAACACAUGAGCAGCUUGUGGCAAAUUGCUUUGGGGCAAAUGACCAUAUUUUCUAGUUGUCUGUCUUUCAUAAGGGAACAUUUAGGCUAAAAUACAUAUAUAAGUGAAUUUAUUAUCUUUUAUUUUAUUUGAAUGUGUUACUUAGGUCAUGCCCCACCCCUUACUAAAAUGUCAUGGAAUUCAGUUGAGUGUGUUUCAUGUAAUCCUGCAAACAAACAAACAAAAAAAUUAAAAUAUAACCUUGGUGGUGACCGUUACCAGAAAAAUUCACAUAUCCAA